CCCAAUGUGGACGCAACGAUAAUAGCUGGAAGCGCUUACUGCACAGCUCCUGAGUGUCUACGAAAACUUGCUCCUUACUCUCCGGCCGCCGAUAUCUUCGCCUAUGGACUUCUGGUCUGCGAGCUCAUAGCUCGAGUGGUGAAUAAUGGAAGCACUAUUCCUCGAACUUCCGAUUUCGGGCUUGAUAAGGAGAACUUGUAUGUGCCUGAGGACUGCCCACAGUGGUUCCUCGAAUUGGCAGUUGAUUGCUGCAAGGUUAACCACCUGGAACGACCCUCAGCUGAAGAGAUUAUGGAUCGAAUCAUAAGCCAUUCCAUCGACCAAUCGUUUAUUGGACCGCGAGCAUUUACUUUCAAUUCCUUUGAAGAAGGUACGUCCCCAGACCGAAGCUCUCUCAAAUGCUUUGCAGGACCAACCCUCCAUAGUAACGGUGGUCAACAGCUACCACCACCAGCUACGGUCCAGCCAGACUGUCUUGGUUAA